CGGCAGCAACGAGGGGCUAGUGCACACCCAGCCAGGGAGACUUAGGGAACCACGGACGGACGGAGAGGACCCUCCCCCCGAGUCAUGGCUGAGAGAAAGCAAUCUGGGAAGGCGGCAGAGGACGAAGAGGUCCCUGCCUUUUUUAAAAACCUGGGCUCGGGCAGUCCCAAGCCCCGGCAGAAAUUCUGCGGUAUGUUCUGCCCGGUGGAAGGGUCCUCGGAGAACAAGACCAUCGACUUCGAUUCGCUUUCGGUGGGCCGGGGCUCGGGGCAGGUGGUGGCUCAGCAGCGGGAUGUCGCCCACUUGGGCCCGGACCCGCACCGGCAGAGCCGGCGUGCCAGCGGGGAGCCAUCUGUUGAAUCGGGCCGGAAGGUGGAGAUCCGGCGGGCCUCGGGCAAGGAAGCCCUGCAGAACAUCUACGAUCAGAGUGAUCGCCUUCUGAUCAAAGGUGGCAAGAUUGUGAAUGAUGACCAGUCCUUUUAUGCUGACAUAUACAUGGAAGAUGGGCUGAUCAAGCAAAUAGGAGAAAACCUGAUUGUACCAGGGGGCGUGAAGACCAUUGAAGCCCAUUCAAGGAUGGUGAUCCCGGGAGGAAUCGAUGUGCACACUCGCUUCCAGAUGCCUGACCAGGGGAUGACGUCAGCAGAUGACUUCUUCCAGGGAACCAAGGCGGCUCUGGCUGGGGGAACCACCAUGAUCAUUGACCAUGUCGUUCCUGAGCCCGGGACCAGCCUGCUGGCAGCCUUCGAUCAGUGGAGGGAAUGGGCCGACAGCAAGUCCUGCUGUGAUUACUCUCUGCACGUGGACAUCACCGAGUGGCACAAGGGUGUCCAGGAGGAGAUGGAAGCUCUGGUGAAGGACCACGGGGUGAACUCCUUCCUCGUGUACAUGGCUUUCAAAGAUCGAUUCCAGCUGACGGAUUCCCAGAUCUAUGAAGUGCUGAGUGUGAUCCGGGAUAUCGGUGCCAUUGCUCAAGUCCAUGCAGAGAAUGGUGACAUCAUUGCAGAGGAACAGCAGAGGAUCCUGGAUCUGGGCAUCACGGGCCCCGAGGGACACGUGCUGAGCCGACCGGAGGAGGUCGAGGCUGAAGCUGUGAACCGCUCCAUCACCAUUGCCAAUCAGACCAACUGCCCCCUGUAUGUCACCAAAGUGAUGAGCAAGAGCGCGGCUGACGUCAUCGCCCAGGCGCGGAAGAAGGGAACUGUGGUGUAUGGUGAGCCCAUCACUGCCAGCUUGGGGACUGAUGGCUCUCAUUAUUGGAGUAAGAACUGGGCCAAGGCCGCUGCCUUUGUCACCUCCCCACCCUUGAGCCCUGACCCAACCACUCCUGACUUUCUCAACUCCUUGCUGUCCUGUGGAGACCUCCAGGUCACUGGCAGUGCCCACUGUACCUUCAACACUGCCCAGAAGGCCGUAGGGAAGGACAACUUCACCUUGAUUCCCGAGGGCACCAACGGCACAGAGGAGCGAAUGUCCGUCAUCUGGGACAAAGCUGUGGUCACUGGAAAGAUGGAUGAGAACCAGUUUGUGGCUGUGACCAGCACCAACGCAGCCAAGGUCUUCAACCUUUACCCCCGGAAAGGUCGCAUUGCAGUGGGAUCUGACGCGGACUUGGUCAUCUGGGACCCUGACAGUGUGAAGACCAUCUCUGCCAAGACGCACAACAGUGCUCUUGAGUACAACAUCUUUGAAGGCAUGGAGUGCCGUGGCUCCCCCCUGGUAGUCAUCAGCCAGGGCAAGAUCGUCUUGGAGGAUGGCACGCUCCACGUCACCGAAGGCUCAGGACGCUACAUCCCCCGGAAGCCCUUCCCUGACUUCGUGUACAAGCGCAUCAAGGCAAGGAGCAGGCUGGCCGAGCUGAGAGGGGUCCCUCGUGGCCUGUAUGACGGACCUGUGUGCGAGGUGUCUGUGACACCCAAGACGGUCACUCCAGCCUCAUCGGCUAAGACAUCCCCUGCCAAGCAGCAGGCCCCACCUGUUCGGAACCUGCACCAGUCUGGAUUCAGCUUGUCUGGUGCUCAGAUUGAUGACAACAUUCCCCGCCGCACCACCCAGCGCAUCGUGGCGCCCCCUGGUGGCCGUGCCAACAUCACCAGCCUGGGCUAAAGCCCCUAGGCCUGCAGGCCACAUGGGGACGGGGGAUGGGACACCUGAGGACAUUCUGAGACUUCCUUCCUUCCAAUUUUUUUUUUUUUUUUUUAAAUUUUAAAGAGCCUGUGAUAGUUGCUGUGGGCAGCCAGUUCCUGGGGCUUCCUCUUGGGCCCCCUACACUCGGUCUCCCCUUGGAGUUUCUGAAUUCGCUCACCCAAGCCCCUACACAGUUGUGAACACCACACCCAAGCCUAGCCACCCACCCCACACGGAGCUGCAUCUCACACGCAGACACACACCACCAAGCAGAUCCCAGCGAGGGUGCCCCAUCACACCCUCGGCUGUGUGGUUAGCACCUUCCUCUCCUGGGAAGAUAUAGUGAAUUGCCCUGAGCUGCCUUCUUUUCUUUUAAAAUAAUUUUUAAAAAGGGGUUUUCUUUGUGGGAUUGGGGAGGGAUGGGAUGGGGAGGGAUAAGGGAGGUUUUUUGUUUUUUUUUUUUUUUAAUACUAAAUUGAAAGCCUGGUUCAAUAUUAAUCCACGGGUCUUGAACUGGACAUCCUAAUGAUGCAAUUAUGUAACCAUAGCGCAGAUCCGAGGCUGGCAGGCUGCGGCUGCCCCUCUGGAGAAGCUCCUCGCAUCUCCAUCGCCAUCCCUUACUCUUCCGGGUCAGCUGUUGUAAAGAGGCUGGUUUUCUUCGUUGACCUAGAUUUUGCGGCAGGUUAGACCUUUUGAAGGUUCUCCUCACCCUUUCCCCACAUCUUCUGUCUGUUCUGGCUUUUUCUCCUGCACUCACAGAGAGAUUGUGAUAUUGAUUCCUUGCUUUGUGUUUCCCCACAGUGUUCUUUUCUUACCCUGCGGCCUGCUCUUAAAGCCGUGCAUUGCGAUUUGGCUGCAGGCACAACCUGAGAGGACCCUACCUAGUUUUGUACCCACGGCCAUAGUUUUGUGCGGUCCAGGUUUCUGUUAAGAUUGGUGCUAUCCAGUUCCCAUCACUAGGAGGUGUCUGAGUUUGAGGCUUGCCGGACACAGGGGUGACCCGGAUUGCGACACCAGUAUUGUCAUGUGUGGGCCCAGAAUAGAGUCACAUGUGCAGAAACAUGAAGAAUUAGGCCGCAGAAGUGACAGAGGUCCUGGUCAAAUCUGUAAAUCCAGUUCUCAAGCUCAUAUGACCCUACCAAGCUGGGGCCAGUGUCUCUGUGGAGGAGCCCUUCCCUGCCUUUCCCAGGAAAAGCUGAGAAUUCCUGGACACUAGGUCUUCUCAGUGCGUGCGUGCGUGUGUGUGUGUGUGUGUGUGCGUGUGUGCGUGUGUGUGUGUGUGUGCAGGAGGGAACAUUUCUUUUUCUGUCCAGUUAUUUCAAAAAGUCUAACAUGAUGUGGGAAUCCCUUCUAAGGGUGGAAAUCUUGGGGGGAAUAAUUAGACUUCAAGCCUGUUUUACAGGAGGAAAGACCCUGUCUUAGGAAACAAUAUCUCAUGGGAAGAAAACUGUACAGAUUGAAUGCAUGGCCCACUUAGAGACCCUGUCACCUCAUGUUUGUCACCCUUCCUCUUCCUGUUGUAGUGACAGCUUUUCAUUAGCUGGCUUCUUUCUGUAUUUGCCAACAUCUGUCAUACUUCCUUCCAAAUAUGUUUCCAGGUCCGUGUGAGCAGUGUUAGGUCCACAGGCCCUUUACAAAUCCAGUCUGCUGUGUAAAACAGGGCCUCAGAACACAGUGAUGCUUUGAGUGACCACACAUUUUGCCUUUGAGGUUAAUGGUUGGGGUUUUGGUUUGUUGUUAAUUUUUGUUGUUUUUAAAGGUAACUGGCACUUUUAAACAUUGGUUGACUUAAUAUAUUUGCUUCCCACCCCCCCUUACCUGCACUUAAGAGAGGAAAUUUGAACAAGUUGGAAACCACCUUUCUGUUCGUUUGUUUGGGUUCUGAGAAACCCUCGCAGCUCUUCAAUACUCACCGUCUUCCUGCUGUUUCUUGUUUGGGGCCAUGGCCCUGUCGAUCGUUUUUAGGUCAUUUUCUUAAAAACCAAACCAAACCAAACAGUUUCAAACCUGAAGAUUCCCGCAGUCCGUGUAAGCAUGUUUGCCCGUCGGCUCGCUUUCUGUGUCUGUUAAAUGAAUGUCCUAUGUAAAUGCUAAGAUAAGUCAGCACAGUGUCUCAGAACUGAAUAACUGCAGUGACUUGAUGCUCUAAAUCAAUGUAGGAUUUACUGCUAGAUGGUUUUUAACCCUUGAACUUGUGAUUGUGACCCAUGAGGGGGGGACCUUUCAGUGCUAAAGCUGAUCAUGUGUGUAGCCAGGAAGGUACUUUCGUUUUUGUUUUUUUUUUUUCAAAAAAAAUUUUUUUGUUUUAUUUUUUGUAACCGCUGUCUUAAUGGCAAAAUAAUUAUGGUAAAAUACAAGUCUCGUGUUUAUUAUUCCUUAAGAAGAAGUCUGUGUUAUAUUACCACUGAACACCCAAUAAAGCAGAAUGUGGUUGUUUCAGA